CUUUUAGCACCUCACCUGGCCGACGACAUAGAUGUGGUCCAGAGACACAUCUCGAAAUUCCGGACCUCAGAGCCAGACGAGUCGCAAACGUACAAGACUCUGCUACACGACUCGAAGAACCCCAUCGUCUACCUCUCUGUCCCCCGUUACCGGAUCGGUUUGCGACCGGAGAUUGGCCCGGGCAAAGAGCAGCUCGAAAUCAUCGAACAGAUCAUGGGACCGUUCAAGCGGGAAGUCAUCGAGCUCUACUUCAACCACAUCCACCACAAUUUCCCGAUCCUGGACGACGAGACGUGCCACACGAUCCGGCACGGCCCCAUCGAGACGGUGCCGCGGAACCUCCUCUGCGUCAUCUACGCCAACUCGGCACCCAACUGGCGCAAGUCGGAGACGCUGAAGAUGCACGCCCGGCCCGACUUCUACUACAUCUGGAACAAGGCCAUCUCCGCGGUGCUGGAGGACUUCCUGAGCCCUAGCCUGGCGACCAUCUCCGCAGCCCUGCUCGACCAAGCCGGCCGCCCCAGCGUCUCCAUCAUGGGCAACAUCACCCUCUGCGGGCGCAACAUCUCGCUCGCCCAGAGCUUCGGCCUGCACCGCGACCCCACCAAGUGGGAGAUCUCCGAGAACGAGAAAUCCACCCGCGUCCGGCUCUGGUGGGGCGUCCUGAUCGUCGACUACUGGAACAGCAUGGCGUACGGCGCGCCUCCCCACGUCCGCAAGGGCGAAUACGACGUCCCCUUACCCACCGUCGAAUCCCUCCUCUCGCCCAAAGCAACCCCCUUCCAGAAAUGCGCCACCAACUGCUUCGUGCACCUCUGCUCCAUGUCCCUCGUCCUCGGCGACCUCCUCUCCCUCGUCUACCGCAUCGGGCGCGACCCCGUCGAACUCUCCCGCAAAGUCGAAACCCUCCGUGCCACCAUCAACACGCUCGAGACCCAACUGCCCGAAUGGCGCGCCUCCCCCAACGCAACCGGCGUCUCGAACCUCUGGUUCUGCUUCCUCAGCAUGCGGGUGCUCCUCUCGCGCGUCGGGAUCCGCGCCGCCGUGAUGCUCGACGACACCUCCCUCGAAGCGACCCGCCUCGACGAACUCCGCGUCUCCUCCUCGGCGGUCCUCGACUUCCUCCUCCACCUCCGCGACGCCCAGUUCCAGGACUUCUGGCUCCCGCACGCGGCCCACCUGCUCGUCCUCGCCGUCAACGUCUCCCUGCGCUGCGCCGUCGACACAAACGACCUCGCGUUCCGCAACACGAGCAUCCGCCGCCUCGAGCGCGUCAUGGUGCACAUCCAGGACGCGCACGACAACUACGACUGGGACAUCGCCAAGCACUGCCUCGAGCGGUGCUCCGAGCUCGUGGCUAAGAUCUCGCGGCUCGUGGCGAGGGAGGGGGGUGGUGCCCAUGCGCCUGUGCAGGUGGAGGCGGAUGCUGCUAUUGCUGCGCCGGAUGUUGACGUCGGUGGGGGUGGUGGUGAUGCGACGACGGCGACGGCUAUGGGAAGUGGGGGGUUCGACGACUCCGCGUUCUUGCUGUCCGACGUGCUGGAUCCGAAUGCGUUUGAUUUCUCGUGGGAGGCGCUGUGGGAGACGCCGUCGGGGAUACCGAAUUUCACGAUUUGA